GUAGUAAGACCAAUUCCGAAUUAAUCCAGAAUUUCCUAAACAUUAGUAAAUUAGAAGGUAAUAAAUAUUUGAUUCAAAUUAUGACAACCUAGAUAUGACUGCCAAGUUUUACUCCCGCGUAUCCACGUGGGCUUUGACCAAUUCUCAUUUUCCCUAUAUAAAUGCUGUGUAUCGUCCUCAUAUUCAAUUCAUAUAUUCUCUCACUCUUCUGCCGAGCAAUAUACAUUACCUCCUCACUUUCCUCUAUCCAUCUUCAUCCGGAAAAAUGAGCGAAGAGAAUAAUGAAGUGUCACCUCAGAUGCGUGCUCCUCGUUUAAAUGAGAGAAUUCUCUCUUCUUUGUCAAGGCGAUCAGUUGCUGCCCAUCCUUGGCAUGACCUUGAGAUCGGACCUGGAGCGCCGCAAAUUAUUAAUGUUGUAAUUGAGAUACCGAAGGGAAGUAAAGUGAAAUAUGAACUUGACAAGAAAACGGGUCUGAUCAAGGUUGAUCGUAUACUGUACUCGUCGGUUGUGUAUCCUCACAAUUAUGGUUUUAUUCCCCGGACACUAUGUGAAGAUAAUGACCCCAUGGAUGUUCUAGUUCUUAUGCAGGAACCUGUUGUUCCAGGUUGUUUUCUUCGAGCCAGGGCCAUAGGCUUGAUGCCUAUGAUUGAUCAGGGAGAAAAAGACGACAAGAUCAUUGCAGUAUGUGCUGAUGAUCCCGAGUAUCGCCACUACACAGAUAUCAGCCAACUAGCACCUCAUCGAUUAACAGAAAUCCGACGCUUCUUUGAAGAUUACAAGAAGAAUGAGAACAAAGAGGUAGCAGUGGAUGAAUUUUUGCCUUCGGGUACUGCCGUUGAUGCCAUCCAGUACUCAAUGGACCUCUAUGCUGAGUACAUACUGCACACAUUGAGGAAGUAAAUGAAUGAAGGAUGGUUCUUUGUGAAGCAAAAAGCUUCUUUAUCAUAUUAUCAACUGGAUUCUUGUUCUGCUUUUUUUUUUUUUUAAUUGAAUUUUUUUGGUUCAAUUUAUUGAUGAAACUCUUAUUUGGGAAACUUAUCGCAAAACCUUGAUACCAUUUAUGUACGAAUUUUGGGGAUCGGAUACUUAUAUGAAUUUGAAGUUCCGACAGCACAGCUAUCUUGCUGUUAUUUAUGUACAAUGCUUCUUUUUUUA